AUGGUAGCGUGGCUCCCAGCCAGGACGGCUGAGGAAGGAUCGCCCGCGGACCAGGCAAGGGCGCUGAGGCUGGACAUACUUGAGUCCCAGCUGAAGGACCUCAAGGCCAGAAUACAGCCUUUAGAAGAGGACCUCCUGCGGAGACAGGCAAGGAAAGAAGAAGAGGAUAAGAGUGCGGCACGCACCAGGGUUCCGAGAGAGGACUACCGGGACCGAUCCAGGAGAUCAGACAGGAGGACCAGGAGCGCGGGACGCGCCGAAGUUCCCGUUAAGGAGGAACAGAGGAACCCAGAAGAAGGACCGGGACGGUCCAGAGAAAGGGACGAUCUCGAGGUGGACUACGGAAGAGACUCCGAGAGAGAGCCAUCCCCACUGGAGGAAGAGGUCCAAGAAGAGGAAGAAGGAGCGGACGACUGGUCGCGCUUACAAGACACUCCAGGGUACUACCAGGACGACUGGAACUGGAGCAGUUGGGACUGGGGUUAUUGGGACACCUGGCAACCCAACUACUACCCUAAGGGAAAGGGUAAGAAAGGUACAGGAAAAGGAAAAGGAAAAGAGAAGUCAAAGGGCAAGAACGAGAAGGGCAAAAGGAAACCAAAGGUUGCCCCGUGGAGAAAGGAACCAGAGUUCAAAGGAACUACACAAGUGACGCAGUCAACUCGGAGGGAGGCGAAACCCAUCGCCCAGUCGCAGGAGAGAUGGCGACCGAAGCAGAACAAGGGAUCACCGCGUUAG